AUGUGCUGGGAAUUAAGUGGGAAGUACUCCAUGGUAAACCCGAAAGGGUCUAAUCAGUCUAAAAUAUGCUAUAGGCCUAUUCGACCUUCUGAUCUUGACGUUUUAGAGCGUAUCCAUGGUAGAUUGUUUCCCAUCAGGUAUGAAUCUACUUUUUUUCAAGAUGUGGUCAAUGGACGGGAUAUUGUAUCGUGGGGAGCAGUUGAUCGAAGUCGACCGAAUGGCCAAAGUGACGAACUCAUUGGAUUUGUAACGGCACGGAUUGUUCUUGCAAAAGAAAGUGAGAUAGUAGAUUUGCUUGGAUAUGACUCGGCCAAAUCUGAUCAGACCUUAGUGUAUGUUCUAACACUGGGAGUAGUGGAAGCAUAUAGGAGCCUUGGAAUAGCUUCUUCUCUGAUUCGGGAGGUCGUAAAAUAUGCUUCAAGCAUUCCCACAUGCCGAGCAGUUUACUUGCACGUAAUUUCUUUCAAUAUAUCAGCAAUCAAUUUAUACAAGAAAAUGUCUUUCAAGUGUGUUAGAAGGCUGCAGGGAUUUUAUUUCAUCAAUGGCCAACACUAUGAUUCAUUUUUAUUCGUGCACUACGUAAAUGGGGGACGGUCUCCUUGUUCGCCAUUAGAGCUUCUCUCUGCAAUAAUAAGCUGUAUGAAGAGUGGCUUUAAGGCAGUGGCUGCGAAGCUGUGCAAGAACGAAGUUAGGAAGAUCUCAAGGUGGGAAAAGUGUAAAGAAAGUCAUUCUCUUGUCUCACUUUCAACAAUACCCAACAAAAGAAACAUGGCUGUCGAGUGUACUGGUUGUGAGUUUGUGUAA